GCAAAGGAUCUCUACCUCGGGGUGGUUCUCCAUGGAAUUCAUGGAAUCCAGGUUGGAGAAAAGGAUUGUUAUCUCAGGGUGGUUCUCCAUGGAAUCCAUGGAAUUCAGGUUGGAGAAAAGGAUCACUGGAUGGGGUGGUUCUCCAUGGAAUUCAUGGAAUCAUGGAAUUCAGGUUGGAGCAAAGGAUCUCUACCUUGGGGUGGUUCUCCAUGGAAUCCAUGGAAUUCAUGGAAUUCAGGCUGGAGCAAAGCAUCGUUAUCUCAGGGUGGUUCUCCAUGGAAUCCAUGGAAUUCAGGCUGGAGAAAAGGAUCACUGGAUGGGGUGGUUCUCCAUGAAUUCAGGUUGGAGCAAAGGAUCUCUACCUUGGGGUGUUUCUCCAUGGAAUUCAUGGAAUUCAUGGAAUUCAGGCUGGAGCAAAGGAUCAUUAUCUCAGGGUGGUUCUCCAUGGAAUUCAUGGAAUUCAUGGAAUUCAGGUUGGAGAAAAGGAUCACUGGGUGGGGUGGUUCUCCAUGAAUUCACGUUGGAGCAAAGGAUCUCUACCUUGGGGUGGUUCUCCAUGGAAUCUUGGAAUCCAUGGAAUCCAUGGAAUUCAGGUUGGAGCAAAGGAUUGUUAUCUCAGGGUGGUUCUCCAUGGAAUUCAUGGAAUCAUGGAAUUCAGGCUGGAGCAAAGGAUCGCUGGAUGGGGUGGUUCUCCAUGGAAUUCAUGGAAUCCAUGGAAUUCAGGUUGGAGAAAAGGAUCACUGGAUGGGGUGGUUCUCCAUGGAAUUCAGGCUGGAGCAAAGGAUCUCUACCUUGGGGUGGUUCUCCAUGGAAUCUUGGAAUUCAUGGAAUUCAGGCUGGAGCAAGGGAUCAUUACCUCAGGGUGGUUCUCCAUGGAAUCCAUGGAAUUCAGGUUGGAGCAAAGGAUCUCUACCUCGGGGUGGUUCUCCAUGGAAUCCAUGGAAUUCUGGCUGGAGCAAAGGAUCACUCCCUCAGGGUGGUUCUCCAUGGAAUCCUUUGGGUUGGAGCAAAGGAUUGUGGCUGUUCUCCAGGGGAUAAUUUAGGAUGGAAAAGACCUUUGGAAUCCUGAAAGGUUGUGAUAAAGGAUUGCUGUCCUGGGCUCUGGUUUGUCACGGAAUCCUUUCAUUUGGAAAAGACUUCAGGGAUGAUCCUGAACCCAGAUGCGAGGUGGUUUCUCCAGGCUGGAGACAGGAUGCAAUCCUUGGAGGCUGAAGGCAACCAGUGGCAGCUGGGAUUAUUUAUUCCCCCUGUCCUGGAAUGUGGAUUUUCUCCUGGCUUUGAGGGAGGUGGCUCUGGGUGAGAUAAACUGGGAUUGUCACUGCUCCGGCCAGAGGUUUCUGUGGAGCUCAGACAAGGUCCCACAGACGAUUUGCUCACUCUUUGGGCCAGCUGAAGGGAAGGUUUGGGGUGAAUUUAAGGGAAUUCAGUGGCUUAGACUGUGUGAACCAGCCACAGGCUCUGUGUAAAAGGUGAAUAAUGAGCAGAAGUGACCCAAUCCUGUGAUUGUGACCCAAUUCCCGUUCCCCUCAGCAGGGCCAC